AUUUACAACAACAAACAAACGAGUAAUUUCAUUUUUUCAAUUAUAGAACUAGAAAGAGAAACAAUGGAUAAUUUAUGUAGUUUUACUCACAAACUGACUCAUCAACAAGAAUCUCACUACAUGGUGUCAGCUCUCAAACAUGUUUUCUCUGGAGCCGCCGUUGAUGGUCGAGCCGACGGAGAAGCUGCUCAGCUUUUAUGGGAAGUUGAAAAUGCAGCCACGUCAGAUAAUCCAAUGCCACGUAGGAGUAUCAAUGUUCACCCAGUACACGUGGAGUUGGAGAGCGGGAAGAAGAAGCAGAGGAGGAGGAGGAAUACGAAGAAGGAAUUUAGGGGAGUGAGACAAAGACCAUGGGGAAAAUGGGCCGCGGAGAUACGUGACCCGCAUAAAGCCCAACGACUUUGGCUUGGUACGUUUGUUACUGCUGAAGAUGCUGCUAGAGCUUACGACAAAAAAGCCGUAGAAUUUAGAGGGAAUAAGGCGAAAACCAACUUUCCUAUUUCAGAAUAUAUUGAUGAUCACGACAACAGUUCCCCAAUGAUGAUAGUGGAAGAACAUGAAAAUGACCAAAAUGUGAUGAAUGGUGAUGAUGAUAAUGGGGAUGACUUUUGGGCCACAUUGGAAGAUGAUAGGCUUGUCAAAUUUAUCACGCAGGAUAUGUCCCACUGAUCCUUAAUAAUUUCUACUAUUAUUAUGUUCUUUGUCUUAUCUGAAAAAUAUCUUCUUCUUGUUUUGCAGGUCGUUUGUGUUGUUUAUUUCUUUUUAUUUGAUUACUCUUAGGUGGCUAGUACGGAGUGGUAGCAAAUAUCUUCUUGUUUUAAGUAUUGUACUCGAGUAUUAAUGUUGCAAUCAUUUAUUUAUUUUCGUCCUAAAAAAAUAUAAAAUGAGUGAAGUUAGUUCCCUCGAAAA